AUGACGAAACUCGGUCACUCACUGCUCUCUGGUCUCUCCUUCAUCGUCUCCGCCACCUCAAUUGCUCUCCCUCCAGCCAACACAACCACCUCGCGCCUCACCUCCCGAGUCCCCAGCCAUUUCCCCUGUGACUGCUAUCUCGUCUCAGGCGAGGACCCAGGCUACUUCGCAAACUACAAAUUCUGGGACUUCCGCGAUGUCAACCUGCCUCAUAAUUCCAACGCGAGCGAAACAAACACCUACGACCCCCGAACCAGCACCGCCAACCUCUGGGAAUCAGAAACCCUUCCUCUCUCCGAAUCACUCUUCAACACCGACUGGCAGGCCCAGUCCUGGAGCCGCAGAAAGACCAUCGACAGCAUCCUCCCCAUCGUGAACUCCGAGUUCAACGCCUUCUUCGCCAGGCACCCCAAUCUCCCCAAUACAACCCAGCUGGUCCUCCGCACCACCCGCCUGGCGAAUUACUCUUCCACGGCGGAGAUCGAGAGCGUGAAUGGGACUUUCUUCCACUGCUCGGUCCGCGUGCGCAUGCGGCUUAUGUCGAGAGAUGCCAUCACGCGGAAGCCCAACGACAAGACUCCGGACAUCAAUAAAGUGCCUAGAGGAGCCUGCGCGGGCAUCUUCACAUACCGCUCUGCAACGUGCGAGUCCGAUCUGGAGUUCCUGACUUCCGAUCCCCCGAACACGAUCCACUAUGCGAAUCAGCCGGACUAUGAUCCUGAUGCAGACGUUAUUAUACCCGGUGCGAGUGAGGUCGUGGCCACGGUGCCGAGACCCUGGUCGGCGUGGGGGACGCACCGUAUGGACUGGUUUGUGAACAAGACGCGGUGGUACGCUGAUGGGGAGCUGCAAGCGGAUGUUUCUGUCAGUGUCCCUGACCGGCCGAGUAUCCUGGCCAUGAACCUUUGGAGUGACGGUGGGGUAUGGACUGGUGAUAUGAAAGUUGAUGAAAGUGUGUAUAUGGGCAUCGAAUGGAUCGAGAUCGCGUACAAUACUUCCACCGUGGGCCUCUCGCCGAUUGGAACCAACCAGAGGCACCGCAAUCGACCGUCGGAGUGGAGGAAAGGGGGUUCCCAUCAGAAGAGGCAGGUAUCCGGCUAUGACGCCGGGGAGAGGUGCGAAAGGCCGUGCUACUUGGAUAAGAUGCAGUACUAUUGA